GGUUUAUACAGAUUAGGGUUUAUGGUGUGAGAGCAGAGUCCCAACACCAACAAGCAAACAUGAGCAACGAAGGAGAAGAACAAGCAAAGCCAACAACCACAAGAAGAAGAAUCAACCUGGUAGCAGGUUCAUACGAGCGAUUCAUAUGGGGAUUCAAUCUCAAUCCCAAUCGUCAAACCCUAAAACCCAUCUUCUCCUACCCUUCCCACCUCUCCGUCAUUAAAACCCUCGCCGUCUGCGGCUCCGUCGUCGCCUCCGGCGGCACCGACGACACCAUCCACCUCUACAAUCUCUCCAACGCCUCCUCCCUUGGCUCCCUCCACGACCACUCCGCCACCGUCACUGCACUCGCCUUCCACUCCCUUCCCAAUAUCCCUCACCCUACUACACUCAUCUCCGCCGACGCUGAUGGCUCGGUCUGUAUCUUCGAUGCAGACAGCUUCGUCCACCUCAAGACGCUUCCUAUCCACCGCAAGGCCGUCAAUGACCUCGCCCUCCACCCCUCUGGCACGCUUGCUCUCACUGUUUCCCGGGAUCGGUGUUUUGCCAUGGUUAACCUUGUUCGCGGACGCAGGAGCUUCUGUUGCCGCCUCGAUAACGAGGCUACUAUCGUCAAAUUCAACGCUGCUGGUGAUGCCUUCUUCAUGGCUGCUGAUGAGACUGUCUCUGUUCACCAGGCUGAGGACGCGCGCUUGUUGUUCCAGUUGCAAUGCCCGAAGCGGGUUCUAUGUGCCGCGCCAGAUAAGAAUGGUCUUCUCUACACAGGCGGUGAGGACCGAAAUAUCACAGCAUGGGACAUAAAAAGUGGAAAAGUUGCAUACAGCAUAGAAGAAGCACACACUGCCCGUGUAAAAGGUAUUGUUGUCCUUGGAGAUUGUGAUGGUGCUACGGAGGGUGAUGACCCAUAUCUAGUGGCAUCUGCAUCAUCUGAUGGUACUAUACGAGUCUGGGAUGUUCGAAUGGCUGCCACAGAGAAGCCAACUCCACUAGCUGAGUGUAAGACAGAGUCAAGGCUGACAUGCCUUUCUGGAUCAUCUAUGAAAUUGAUCCCCAAGCAGGGAAAGGGUAAUCCAAAAGUAGAAGAUCAAAUGAUGGAAGGUGAAUAGGGCUCUGGAUGGCAUGCUUGAGAAAAUUGUUUUGCUUAUUGACUAAUGCAGCUUUAACCGUUUGGAGGAUUCAACUAAUGGCAUUGCAUUGAGAAAUCUCUAGCUGCUUACACCCGGCUGAUUUUAUUUAUCAGUUGCAGCACUCGCGCAAAUACAUAUACACACAACUGCUAUCUGUUUUGUGCCAUUUCAUUCUGUUAUCUGGCAAUGCUUUGUAUUGUCUAUUUUUGUGUUAGAGUUGAGUGUUCUGAAAGUUGAAACAGACGAAGAUUCAUAUACUGUUAAAUUUUCAUCUAUAGAAUAUUUCUCUUUUUAUCUAUUAUUAAUGAAUUUUGUAUUGUCAUAA